UGAGACCAGCUUGAAGCCCAAGUUUCCUUUCCUUACCUGAGUUGGAUUAGGAAUACUCGUUAUGUUGUAAUCAAUUCUAUAAUAACCUUCCUUUCCCCAAUUUCUUAGGUCAGUUCCUCAAAUCCUUGGGUAUACUUCCUCAAUUCUCGAUCAUCAUCUUGGCCCUUUCGCUCUCUGAAAACCCCUUAUUUGUUUCUCUGUUAAACCCAAACUCUCAACUUCUGCAACUUUGUUAGGUUGAUGGGUACGCUGGUCAGUUCUUCAAAUCUCUCAUAUCUCCGAGAACAAGAAGAAAAGAUGGGAUCUUUGAGUACGGAAAUCCUCCAGGACAAGAAAUUAUGCGAGGACUGGUCUGCGCUUCAUAUGUUGGUAGAGGUUUCCUGCCAUGUUAGAGAAGAAGAAAAGAAGGGUAUGUGUGCGCUAUCCUUGGUGAGUCAACAGGUAUGCCCUAAGAAACAAAGGUCGCCACCCCGUGGUGAAAGUUCAAAAAUGACGACCCCUAUCCCUGAUAUUGCUUCUGGUUCUUCCGAUCAAGAAAAUAGAAGAAUUGAUAGCAAGGGUUUGAAAAGAAAAAGGAAGCCAUGUGUUGAUUGUCAUAAUGAUAAAGACUUGGAGGCCGCGGCGAAGAAGAAGAAGAAGAAGAAGAGAACAUAUAUGAUGAAGGUGGACAUGGGUGUUUAUCAACCACCCCCCGAUUUGCCUGAAAAGUACAAGCAAAUGGUGAAUGGGGCAAAUGCGGCAUUGGUGAUACAAAAGCAGUUGUUUACGAGUGAUGUGAACCCUGACCUGAACCGGCUGACAUUGCCUCCAAAACAAAUUUUGUGCAAGGAGUUGCUGAGACCUGAUGAGAUAGAGAUCCUUAAGCCGAAGGAUGCUUUGAUUAAAGUUCCAUUUAUAGACCCAGAGCUCAGAAAGGAAGAGAUUUCACUGAGUUUAUGGAAGCUGUCGAGCUCAAAUGAAAGGUCCCUUGUGUUCAAAUCUAAAUGGAAUCAUAUUGUUAAGAAGAACGAUCUGGGUGAAGGUGAUCUGAUCCAAAUCUGGUCAUUUCGGGAUAGCAACGAUCAACUUCAGUUGGCACUUGUUGUGGUGAAGAGAGCCGAGAAGCGCAAAAAUGGCGAGGAAGUGAGAAGCACCACAAGAAGUAGUAGUGUGAGCAAUGUCAGUGAGGACAGUGCAAGUGCAAGCCACAGUGGAAGAAAAUGUCUCAAAAUCAGAUUUAAAUGUAAUGCUAGCAGGAGUGAGAGUACUAGUACAUGUGAAUUAUUGAGUCAAUGAGGAAAGAAACCCAUUUUUGUAAUUUGUGAAUACUCUCCGAUCCUGCCACAAUGCCUAUGGUAAAUGUAAAUGAGAAAACAAAGUCAUUUGGUGUGCUGGAUUUGGUAAAUGCAGCUUG